AUGUCCGGAUACGACCGAGCUCUUUCAGUAUUCAGUCCCGAUGGACACGUCUUCCAGGUUGAAUAUGCCAUGGAGGCUGUGAAGCGAGGAACUUGCGCUGUUGGUGUCAAAGGCAAGGAUAUCGUCGUCCUCGGUUGCGAAAAGCGUUCCGCCCUCAAGCUCCAAGAUACCCGCAUUACUCCCUCCAAGAUCGCCCUGGUGGAUGACCACGCCUGUCUCGCCUUUGCUGGACUGAACGCCGAUGCCCGCAUCCUUAUCGACAAGGCCCGCUUAGAAGCUCAGUCCCACCGCCUGACCGUCGAGGACCCCGCCAGCAUCGAGUAUAUUACGAAAUAUAUUGCUGGUGUUCAGCAGAGAUACACACAGAGUGGUGGUGUGCGUCCAUUUGGUAUCAGUACGCUGGUGGUUGGAUUUGACAAGAAUGACUCCAUCCCACGACUGUACCAGACCGAGCCAUCUGGAAUCUACUCGGCCUGGAAAGCCAACGCCAUCGGUCGUUCCAGCAAGACCGUCCGCGAAUUCCUUGAGCGCAACCACCAGGAGGACAUGGACCGUGAGCAGACAAUCCAGCUGACCAUCAAGUCUCUGCUUGAGGUUGUGCAGACGGGUGCUAAGAACAUCGAGGUCGCCAUCAUGGCGCCCGGUAAGACUCUUGAGAUGCUCCCAGAUGACCAGAUCGAGUCGUACGUGAAGAGCAUCGAGACAGAGAAGCAGGAGGAAGCGGCCAAGAAGAAGACCCGGGCAGGGACCACCACGGCUAUCCUCACCCGGCCGGGUGGCGGCGAGUCGACCGAAUAA